AUGGGAAAGGAGUUUGAGAUGAGCAUGAUGGGUGAAUUGACCUUCUUUCUGGGGUUACAAAUCAAGCAAUCAUCAAAUGGAAUCUCAAUCAGCCAGGAGAAGUACAUUAAGGAGCUGUUGAAGAAAUUCAAUAUGUUUGACUCUAAACCUAUUGAUACUCUUAUGGGAACAAACUCCAAGCUUAUAGCAGAUGAAUCUGAUUCUCUUGUGAAUCACACCAUGUAUAGGGGAAUCAUUGGAUUCUUAUUGUAUCUGACUGCUAGCAGACUUGAUAUUGUAUAUAGUGUUGGAAUGUAUGCUGAUUUUGCUGGUUUUCAAGUUGACAAAAAGAGUACUUCUGGGAUGUCUCAUUUCCUUGGAUCUUCACUUAUCUCAUGGGGAACUAAAAAACAGAAUUCAAUAGCUCUUUCAACAGCCGAAGCUGAAUAUGUAGCAGCUGCUGCUGUUGUUCACAAUUGUUAUGGAGCAAGCAACAAUUAG